GAAGGGUGUUUUUUCUAGUGUUUUCGGUAAUAAAAUAAAGCAAAAAAAAUUAUAUGCUGUGAGUUACACGUACGCAGGCGCAAUGGGGGGAGCCUCACUGAUGGCCAAGAGCAAGAAGAAAUACCCCUGCAGCAGCAGCAGCAGUAGCAGCUGCUCCAGCGACGACGAAGAGGCGAAGAAGGACGAAGACAAGAGCGGGGAGAAGGACCAGGGAGACGAGAAGAGCGCGAAGAAGCGACAGAAGGGCAAGAAAUGCGAGAAGCCCAAGGUCGACAAGAAAUGCGAGAAGCCCAAGGAAGACAAGAAGAGCGAUAAGCAGUCCCAGAAGGGCAAGAAAUGCGAGAAGCCAAAGGAAGACAAGAAGAGCGACAAGCAGUCCCAGAAGGGCAAAAAAUGCGAGAAGCCCAAGGAAGACAAGAAAUGCGACAAGCCCAAGGAAGACAAGAAAGCGGGCGAGAAGGACCAGGCAGACAAGAAAAGCGACAAGCAGUCCCAGAAGGGCAAGAAAUGCGGGAAGCCCAAGGAGGACCGGAAGGGCGAGAAGGAGAAGGAGGAGAGGAAAGGCGGCAGGUGCCCGAAGAAGACCAGGAGCGGAGGCGGCAGACGGGGAUCUUGCAGCCGCCGCAGGAAGCAGCCUCGUCGUCGUCGCAGGAGCCGCAGCAGGAGCACCAGGUGUCGUCGCGAAGGAGAGUCGUCGUCGUCUUCGCGUGGCUGCGCGUCGACCAACCCGUUCCUGCAGUUCCUGUCGCGGGCGCGCGGCAGGCUGCCUGGGGGAUGCACGGCGGCGGAGGCGGGCCGCCUCUGGGGGCGGCUGGACGACGAGGACAGGGCGCCCUUCGUGCUGCUGGCGCGCCGCGCCCGGGGGCGGCGUCGCGCGAGGGAGGACCGCGGCGUCUAGCGACCCUCCUCCUCCCCACUGUCGACUGUCUCCACGUGCCACGUCCUCUUGAUACACUAAAUUAAAUACGUCUA